AUGGCCAGCAAUGGUGGCGGACGCUCAGUUUUACACAACACUUUUGGAGAUUAUGCGCAAAUCAUCCAAGGCGACUACAACGUCUCAGUCCUUCCUCCUAAGAAACUCUUGGAGCUUGACUAUCUACACGAAGCCACGUUCAACGCUACCAACAAGCAGCAUGCACCGAGCUGUCUCGAAAAUACCCGAGUACAAGUCCUGAGCCAGAUAAGGUCAUGGAUAGACGACGAUGAGGAGAAGCGCGUCUAUUGGCUGAGGGGCAUGGCUGGUACCGGCAAGACGACCAUAACUCUGACGACUGCCCGCGAAUACUAUAGACAAGGUCGGCUUGGGGCAAGUUUCUUCUUCUCCAGAAGCAGCGGCGAUCUUUCUUCUACGAGAAGGUUCGUGGUGACGAUUGCAAACGAACUUGCAGAGUCAUUGCCCGCCUACCGAGAACAUCUCCAGGAUGCCUUGGAGUCUUCUCCAACCAUCACCAGCCGCAGCUUAUACGACCAAUGGAAAAAGCUCAUCCUUGAUCCUCUACGAUCGACGUCAUUAGAAGAUGAUUUACAGCCCAUACUCAUAGCCAUCGACGCUUUGGACGAAUGUGGCAGCGACUAUGACUUAGGCGUGUUGAUUCAGUGCCUUGCAGAUUUGGCAGCAAUUGACGAGAUACCUUUCCGUGUAUUCAUCACGAGUCGACCGGAGAAGACUAUUCAUCUAGGCUUUGACAAGAUCACAUCCAACUUACGCCAAGACUUUACUCUGCAUGACAUUGAGGAAUCAAUUGUGGCAGCGGAUUUGCGGCUCUAUUACAGGCAUGAGUUAACUGGCAUGGACAUUGAUGAAUCUCUCAUCACCGAAGAAACUAUUGACAUUCUAGCCAAGAAGUCGGAUGGCUUGUUCAUUCAUGCCGCCACCGUGUGUCGCUUUAUUCGACAAGGCGAGAUUUACGCGGCGACCAGACUCGAGAGCUUUCUCGCUUCACACGAUUCACAACUUGAGCCGGAGAGAGAGCUGGAUUCGAUUUACGCGACCAUCCUGGAAAAUGCGUUUGCAAAGUUUGCCACCUUACGACCAGGCGAGAUGGAAACUCUGCAGCUGUCCUACCAGAAAGUUGUUGGAUCUGUCGUCAUGCUUUAUGACAGAUUAUCUCCAAUCGACUUGGCCACCAUGGUUGGCGAGCCAGUGGAAAACAUCACGCGGCUACUCAAACAUCUGAGUUCAGUUCUAGAUGUUCCUCAACAAGCGUCUGGCAAGAUUUACGUGCUUCACUCGUCGUUUAGAGACUUUCUCUCGGAUCCAGCAAGAAGUUCAAGCUUGUAUUUCUCUGUCGACCAGAGAAAGAUACAUGCCAAUCUCCUGACAUGUUGCCUCGACAUUAUGGCUACUGAGCUGCGGAAGAAUAUUUACAGUAUUCGAGAACCUGGAAAGCGAAUCAAAGAUAUUUCGAAAUCGGGUGUGGAUAGUCACGUCUCUCAAGUCCUUCAAUACGCGUGUAAAUAUUGGAUACAUCAUCUCGAAGAGAGUGACGUAAACCCGAGAGAGCAUUCUGGGACCUUGGAAUUCUUCCAGACCCGAUUUCUCUUUUGGAUUGAAGUUCUCACGCUUAUUGGGCGACUGUCUGACGGCAUUGACAUGAUUCGACUCCUCGAGUCGUUAUUGUCUCUUAAAGAUACACGAAGAGGUAUCCAGGAUCUACUGGCAGGCAUCGGACGAAAUGUCGGUAGUAGUGGCACAAAAGUCACACAUCAGACACUAACAGCCGUGGUCCAAGAUGCAACUCGGUUUCUAUACGCACACAGUUCCACCAUUGAGGCUGCGCCAAUGCAGUUAUACAUAUCUGCACUCAUAUUUAGCCCAAGAACAAGCCUCAUCCGGCGCAUCUAUCAGCAUCACAUUCCAAGUUGGGUCCUGUCCGUUCCAUCUUUAUCUCAGUCGUGGAAUCCACAAUUACGACAACUACAUUAUAACGACUCAGCCGAGGUUGUAGCAUAUUCGCCCGAUGGCCAACUCAUGGCAUCUGGGCACUUGAGCGGCAAAAUAUGCUUGUGGGAUGCGAUAACGGGCGCUAAGCGUCGUACUUUGAGAGGCCACUCUGAAGAGGUCGUCAGCCUUUCAUUCUCACCAGAUAGCAAUGUUCUCAUGUCUGCGUCCAAUGACAUGACCAUUCGAUUCUGGAAUGCCAUUACGGGCACAAAGAUUGACAAAUUUCGAAAGAGACAUCGAGUCAGGUGUGUCGCAUUUAUGCCCGAUGGUAAAAAGAUCAUCUUCGUCCAAUCUCCAGGCUCCGUCUACUUGUGGGAUGUAAUAGAGAACGAAAAAGUGUGGGUUGCGCGCCGUACUGGUGACGAUGGCUCCAAAGGCUACGGCGAUGUGACAAUAUCCCCUGACGGCAAAUGCAUUGCAUGUGGCGACCGUGAUAAUCGGAACAACGUUUGGCUUCUAGACGCUGAGAAUGGAAAACCUCUGCAUAACGCCAAGUGUUUCGACAAAGGUGUUACGUCUGUCACCUUUUCGCCAGACAGUAAGCUGUUGGCAGUGGGAUUAUUCAUGAAUGUUGAGAUAUGGAAUGUCGCUACAGGAGCAACACGCCGAAUCUCGACAAAGGUCAUCGUCAACGAGGUCCUUUUCUCGCCAGAUGGAAAGACAAUUGCGAUAGCCGUUUCUGGAGCAACCCAAAUUCUCAAUGUGGCUUCAGGCAAGAAAUGGUGCGACCUACAAGAUCCCGAUCUGAGGAGUCACGGCAUGCCACAGAGAUUUGCAUUUUCGCCUGAUGGAAGCGCCAUUGCUUCAGUUUCGGGGGGCAACGGAGUGAUUGUAUGGGAUACGAGAUUCCGGUCAAAUCAUAUUGAUUCCGAAUUUUCCUUUGAAUAUCCCAGCAUUGUCGCAGCGGCGCGGGACGAUAAGCAGCUUGCCUCUGCGUCUUAUAGUGACGCUAUUCGACUAUGGGAUGGACAGACUGGCGCAAAGAGGGAGCUCUGCAUACAUAGGCUGCGGCCCUUGGUCGAUAUGCUUUCGAAUACUCGUUGGCUAAAGAGACUCGUGUGGCGUUUCAAGAAGCCAGCUUUCCCAGACAUUAAUUAUUCGGGCCGAAAGAAGAUUAAUAUUUCGUCUAUUACGUUCUCAAUGGAUGGCAAGUUCUUUGCUUGUGUCUGGAAGACAAAGAAGCUUCAGGUUUGGGACGCUCAAAAUGGCAAAAUGCUCUUUGCUCGAAAGUUGGACUCGAAUACGUCAGAUAAUGUUGUCUUCUCGCCGGACAGUAAGCUAAUUACGACUUUGAGCGACAAGAUUUACAUGUGGAACACCAAAACCGGAUCCAAGGCUUAUUGUUCCGAGGCGCUAUUGGGAAAAGUUGAGUCUGUUGCAUUCUCUCCCAAUGGCAAAUAUCUCGUCUCAUCGCUUCCAUCAGAAGACGAGGAUGCCGAUUUUGAUGAUAUGGAGCCGUCCGUUCAUGAUAAUGGAGACUUUCAUGGAUAUACUCAUCUCAGUGUGACUGUAGAGUAUGACGGUCUGUUACAAUUUUCUUCCAAUAGCAAGCUGCUUGCCUAUCGAUUCAGCGACAGAAUCGUUGUUUUGAACGUGGCAACGGGAGAGUUUGUGCACUCUUUCACUGGUCAUCCACCCAACCUCGUCAAACUAUCCAUUUUCGAUGACAACAAAUACCUUGGUGCAUUGCACUCCAUGGGCAAUGUUUUGAUAUGGGAUCUAGAGACAGGCUCAGUAGUGCGCAAGGGUAGUAUCGACAAAAACGAGUCAAGUCUAUGUUUCUCCCUCAACGACAAGCAUAUUGCUUCGCUGGACAAGGUAUUUGCAUAUAAAACGUCAAUGUCAGCCAACUGUCACUCCGAUGGAAUAUCAUUUACUAGGGCGUGGAUUAAAGACGGCGGUCAAGACAUUGUAUAUUUUCCUCACGAGAGCAAAGACUUUUUUGACUUCAUGGCCGGUAGCGCUUUGGUCUUUAGAUGGCCUCCCACAGGCUUCUUUGGUGAGGCAACACAGCAUUUGGGCUGCAACAUGUUGCGGUUUGCCAUGGUGGACAAGGUAAUGGAUGAAGAUUGA